AUUCAUCAUUCUACUCUAUAGGUGUUGUCAUUGAUGGAUUUUUGUUACCAGUUUAAAAAACGGGAUGUUUUUCUUUUUUGUAAAUAAUUAACUAUAUAAUAACAGCCGAAACAGCAUUAAGAAAAAAUGAUUCUCGCAAAUUCAUUGUGGAAAUCUCAUGUAGUGCGGCAUUGUCAGCAAUUUAUUCGCUUACGAAGAGGUUAUCAUGCCAGUGUUUCAUCUAUUCUAACCACACUUUCUAGAAAUUCUAAUGUUUCGGACAAAGUUCAGUUAAGAAAUACUUAUUAUAUUAAGUCCACUGGAAGAUCUAGUAAUUUAUUUCAAUGGGAUAAAGGAGUUCAAGUUUGUUCGAUAGGUUACAGAUUUUAUGUAAAUAAGGGUACUGAAGAGGGCCCCCCUCAAGAUGAAUACGAUGCACAACCACAUUUACCAGCAACUGUUGCUGUUCCCGAAGUGUGGCCACAUCUUCCUGUCAUUGCCAUUAGUAGAAAUAUUGUAUUUCCUAGAUUUAUUAAGCUAAUAGAAAUAACAAAUCCUCAGUUAAUGGAAUUAAUUAGAAGAAAAGUGAAGUUGAAUCAACCCUAUUGUGGUAUAUUUCUCAAAAAGAAUGAAGAAAAUGAGUCAGAAGUAGUUAGUAACUUGAAUGAUAUCUAUAAAGUGGGUGUAUUUGCACAAAUCCAUGAAAUGCAAGACUUGGGAGAUCGAAUAAGACUUGUAGUAAUGGCCCAUCGAAGAAUUCAAAUUACAGGGCAACUAUUUGAAUUUGAUGAUGACCCUCCUCCUAAAGAGGAAAACGAGGAAAAGGGGAGGCGCAACAGGCGAAAGAAAUCAAUAGCGCCGACAGUAAAAUCUGCAGAUACUGAAAAGAAAGUCACUGAAACUGAAAAAAGGGAAAGUGAAGAAAAAGUCAGCAAAGAAGCGAAACCAGAGCCAGUACUUAUGGUUGAAGUAGAAAACAUUAUACACAACAAAUUUAGACAAAAUGAAGAAGUUAAAGCAUUAACGCAGGAAGUUAUCAAAACAAUAAGGGAUAUAAUUAGUUUAAAUCCAUUAUAUAGAGAUAGUUUACAACAAAUGAUGCAUCAAGGACAAAGAGUUGUUGAUAAUCCCGUAUACUUAAGUGAUUUAGGAGCUGCAUUAACAGCAGCUGAACCCCAUGAACUUCAAGAAGUCUUAGAAGAAUUAGAUAUUCCAAAAAGGCUGAUGCUCACCUUGUCUUUAUUAAAAAAAGAAUAUGAACUUUCAAAAUUACAGCAAAAAAUUGGUCGAGAAGUUGAAGAGAAAGUUAAACAGCAUCACAGAAAAUACAUUUUACAGGAGCAACUUAAGGUGAUAAAAAAGGAACUUGGUUUAGAAAAAGAAGACAAAGAUGCCAUAGCAGAGAAAUUUAAAGAACGUAUCAAAAACAAAACCCUACCAAAAGCUGUACAAACUGUAAUUGAAGAGGAACUAAGCAAACUUAGCUUUUUGGAAAAUCACAGUUCAGAAUUUAACGUUACUCGAAAUUAUUUGGACUGGUUGACUUCUAUUCCAUGGGGUGUUAGAACUGAAGAGAAUUUAAACAUUGAACGUGCAAAAGAAAUUCUAGAAGAGGACCAUUACGGAAUGGAAGAUAUUAAAAAACGUAUUUUAGAAUUUAUAGCAGUCAGUCAGCUGAAAGGAAGCACACAAGGGAAAAUUCUUUGUUUUCAUGGACCACCAGGAGUUGGUAAAACGAGUAUAGCUAGAUCCAUAGCGAGGGCCCUUAAUCGCGAAUAUUUCAGGUUUUCUGUGGGGGGGAUGACCGACGUAGCAGAAAUAAAGGGUCAUCGGAGAACAUAUGUGGGCGCCAUGCCAGGAAAAGUUAUUCAAUGCUUGAAAAAAACUCGGACCGAAAAUCCUCUUGUUCUGAUAGAUGAAGUUGACAAAAUAGGAAAGGGAUAUCAAGGAGACCCUAGUUCAGCAUUACUAGAACUUUUAGACCCAGAACAAAAUGCUAACUUCCUGGAUCAUUAUUUGGAUGUCCCAGUUGAUUUAUCGAAAAUUUUAUUCAUUUGUACGGCAAACGUCACCGAGACCAUUCCAGAGCCUCUAAGAGACCGAAUGGAGAUGAUAGAAAUGUCCGGUUAUGUAGCAGAAGAAAAAUUGGCGAUCGCAAAACAAUAUCUAGUACCGCAGGUAAAAUCCUUAUGUGGUCUCAAGGAUAGCAACAUUAAAAUUGAUGAUAGUGCACUAACUCUGCUGAUUAAAAAUUAUUGCCGAGAAUCUGGAGUUAGGAACUUACAAAAACACAUCGAAAAGGUAGUACGAAAGGUGGCGUAUAAAAUAGUUAAAGACGAAACCAAGUUUGUGGAGGUUACAAAGGAUAAUUUGCAAACAUUCGUGGGCAAACCAAUGUUCACUCAAGAACGUAUGUACCCUCAAACACCCCCCGGAGUCGUUAUGGGACUUGCCUGGACCGCUAUGGGGGGUUCAACUCUCUAUAUUGAAACAACAAAGAAAAGGCCGCCAACAGAUAAAGAAGUAGAAGGUACUUUAGAACUUACUGGACACUUAGGGGAAGUGAUGAAAGAAUCUGCCAAAAUAGCUCUCACAGUUGCUAGAAAUUAUAUGCGAAAAGUUAAUCCAGACAACCGAUUCCUCGACAUAAAUCACAUACAUUUGCACGUUCCCGAAGGCGCGACACCUAAAGAUGGUCCCAGUGCUGGUUGUACAAUUGUCACUGCUUUGUUAUCGCUAGCCAGAAACCAACCAAUAAGGCAAAAUUGUGCAAUGACAGGAGAAAUCUCGCUAAUGGGAAAAAUUCUUCCCGUUGGAGGCAUCAAAGAAAAAACGAUUGCUGCUAAACGAACAGGCGUAGAUUGUAUAAUACUUCCAGAAGAAAAUAAGAAAGACUACAAUGAUCUACCUAAAUAUAUAACUGAAGGUUUGGAGGUUCAUUUCGUGAAUAAUAUCGAGCAAGUGGUUCAAAUCGUAUUUCCAAAUAAUCAGCAAACAGCCUCCAAGUAAUCACCAUCGAAAAAAAAGCGUCUGAGACGAUUAGGAAAUUAUUCUAAAUGAUCUGUACAGUUGAACUACAAUGUACAGCCCUACCCCUCCUCUUUGGCACUAAACUUAUUGUAUAAAAGUGCGCCUUUGUCAUGGACUGAUAUGUUCUUUGUUGUAGAGUUCAAGAUAAAAUAUGCAUUUCUAUACAAUGUAAAUAAGACUUUACUUUACUAAAUGAGUUUUAUAAAGUCAAUAAUAACUUCGUUUUUUUUUUAA